AUGUUGUCUCCAAUAUCCACUGCAACAAAGGCAGCGACUGGCGUUUCUGUUGCUCUAUCUGUUGACCACAGCUCAAUUCAAACAUUUCCUAACGUCUUAGACAGUGACAUCUUGUCUACAAUAUCCACUGCAGCAACGGCAGCGACUGGCGUUUUCACCCACACUGAAACAUCGAAUAAUUUCACCCACCUGUCAACAGAAAACAUUACCACUACCGCACCGACAAUUGGUGAGGGCAAUACAACGAUUCCAAACACUUAUACGACCAGCGUUCCUUCAGAAUGUCCACGUGUACCGGAGAUACCCCAUGCGUCUCACAACACUAACAGCACUGCCAUUGGGACUGUGGUAGAAUACACCUGUGAUGAGGGCUAUGCGCUGGUCAGUACGUCAACUUCCGGUGGCAUUGAGUGCCUGAACAACGGGACGUGGAGCACCUCCAACGUCCAGUGUGAACUGAUAGUUUGUACAAUUCCAAGCGAUGUUACCGAGAUUACUAUUGUCAGCAAACCCGAAAUUAUUCUGUACAAUAAAUGGGUAGCAUAUUCCUGCUUAAACGGCUUCGUUUUCCCCGAUGAUGACGUUAAUCGACGCGUCCGUUGUGUAUCUAAGACAAGGUGGAUCCCAGACUUUAUUGGCUGCAGCAACACCAGUUUAGGUCUUCCUAAAUCAUCCCGUCGUCUUGGAAACCCCCGCAUGGAGGCGCCACUGGCUGGAUUCAUAGGAACCUUUGGGCUAGCAAUAAUUGGCACCAUUAUUGCUUUUAUCGUUGCGACUGAUAUUGCCACAAUAAAACAGCAUCUGAGACACAUGAGAAGAAACCUUAGACUUAAACGACCGACUAGCAUUUAUAGGAAAUCAUACAAACAAGAAAAGUUCAACUAAAUGAAGGGAUUUGGCAAAGCAUGUAUGUACAUGCAAUUUCGUUUUUAGGGAACGCUGACGGGGUCUAAAUGAUCCACAGGGAUACUUUCACGGACAGUGAUAUUAGCUUUCACUAACAGUUAAAUGUCAAAAGAUCAUAUCCAAAUACUAAAUCGAGAAUAUGCAUUAUACAAAAAAGCAAAAGCAAAAAUGAUGAUGGAAAUAAAAACAGUAAGCAAACAAACUAAAUAGAGAAAAGUUGCCAUUGACUUUCGUUGCGUGCAUUAUAGAAAACAGAUGGAGUUAAUAUUUGACAACAAUUCAAGGCACUAAGCUUAUAUAGGGUAUUUUGUGUAUUAUAAAGAGUAUCUUUGUUUUAUAGGAGAGCAAAUUUGGUUCGUGUACAUGUAAUUGGUGACAUAGUGAUGGGAAAGGGCAUUGUUUAAGUUACAGAUGAAGUCAAAUCUUUGCAACUCAGCAGACCAAAUGCCACUUUUUAGUUUUGCAUAUGUGUCUUUAACAUGUGUGAAUUCCAUUGUUA